UCUAUCCAAAUUCAUGCCACUAUGUGAGUGCAUUGAGAGUGUAAUGGGCUGACCUGGCUAUACAGAUGGACACAUGAUGGAGAAGCUAUGCUCCCACAUUCAGUCUGUCCUUAUUCUUCCAAAAAGAACAAAAACACACAACAGAGUACAAUUGAUCGUUGCUGUUCAAUUAUAUCUAUUAUUUAUAAUUCUGCUGAAAAACAACAACGGACGAACGCGAAAUCUACUAGACUGCUCAAGUUUGCCUGGUGAUUUAAGUAGUUAACUUGUGCUGGUUAUGAGUGGAGAGUGGACUAGUGGGAUGUUAAUUGUGGCUGUUGUGCUGCUCAUUUGCGUGGAAGUGGUGGGCGGGAGGAAUGGCAUGACGGAGAUUGACUUGCCGUGUGAGUUCGAUGGGCGCAGAAUACCCUGUGAAGGGACACAGUUCUGGAUGUGGGAGGAGGAGUUCAACAAGUGUAUUCUCACAGACUGCUUCUCCAUCUUCAAAAAGAACCAAUACCGCAAAGAGGCAGAAUGUCUGGAAGCAUGUGAAUAUCUGAAGAAAGCGGAGAAUACCUCAAUUCCACUAGAUGAGAUUGAAAGUGAGACGGAUUACGAACUCAACACGACCACCACAAAAGCACCCAACUGCUAAACUACACUUAGUUGCUUAAGGUUCUUUUUCCUC